UUUGUUUGUUCUUCAAAUACCUAAGAUUCCAAAUCCCCAAAUCGCGUUUCCGAAGUGCGACUCCAGAAAGUUGGGGACUUGAACACUAUUCAACGUUUUUCGCUGCUGCGAGGCCAUUUAGCUUUGUUGGCAAGUUGACUCAAACGGGCAAGGCAAGGAAAUCUCCACUAAUUGACCAUUACCAGGACUUCAGUUUCGGAGAUAUAUGGUGAUAUGUGGUGAUAUAUGGUGAAACAGAUGGGGAAUGGGGUGCUACAUGAAAAGGGCAAAGAUGAAUUUGAGUCACAAGUUCAAAGAACUUGUUAACAUUUUGAAACUCUCUGCCACUUCAAAGAGUCUGAGGUUGGGCAAAACAAUCCAUGCCCAAUUGCUUGUUUGCAACCAAACUUCAAAAGACAGUGACAUCAUUCAAAUAAAUUCACUGAUCAAUCUAUACUCUAAAUGUGGUCAAUUGGAGUAUGCCAAAAAGCUGUUUGACAGAAUGCCCCAGAGAAACCUGAUUUCUUGGAGUGUUUUAAUGGCGGGGUAUUUGCACAAAGGAGAUGUUUUGGAAGUACUUGGGCUAUUCAGGAACUUGGUUUCAUUGGACAGUGCAUGCCCCAAUGAGUAUAUUUUUACCAUUGUUCUUUCUUGUUGUGCAAACAGUGGGAGAGUCCAAGAGGGGAAGCAAUGUCAUGGGUAUUUGUUUAAGUCCGGUUUAUUGUUGCAUCAAUAUGUGAAGAAUGCACUUGUUCACGUGUACUCUAGGUGCUUUCAUGUGGACUCAGCCUUGCAGAUUUUGGAAACAGUGCCCGGGAAUGAUGUGUUUUCUUAUAAUUCUAUCUUGAGUGCACUUGUGGAAUCAGGGUGUAGAGAAGAAGUUGAAAAGGUUCUGAACAUGAUGGUGGAUGAAUGUGUGUCUUGGGAUGGUGUUACACAUGUAAAUAUGUUGUGCCUUUGUUCUCAUAUUGGAGAUUUGCAAUUGGGUAUGCAGAUUCAUGCACAGUUGAUGAAGACUGGUUUGGUAUUUGAUGUCUUUGUUAUUAGUGCACUGAUAGACAUGUAUGGGAAAUGUUGUAAAGUUCUAAAUGCGAAAAAGCAUUUUGAUGACUUGCAAGAUCGGAAUGUGGUUGCAUGGACUGCCAUGUUGACUGCAUAUUUGCAAAAUGGAUAUUUUGAGGAAACUUUGAAUCUAUUUCCAAGGAUGGAGCUAGAGGAUACGCAUCCAAAUGAGUUCACUUUUGCGGUUCUUCUAAAUGCUUGUGCAAAUUUGGUUGCACUAACAUAUGGUGAUACAUUACAUGGUCGUAUAAUGAAAUUAGGGUUUAAGAAUCAUCUCAUUGUUGGAAAUGCUUUAGUAAAUAUGUAUUCCAAGAGUGGCAAUGUUGAUUCUUCAUAUAGUGUGUUCUCAAAUAUGAUAUAUAAAGAUGUGAUUACAUGGAACGCUAUGAUAUGUGGUUAUUCCCAUCAUGGACUUGGUAAACAAGCUUUACUAGUGUUUCAAGACAUGAUGUCUGCUGGAGAGUGUCCGAACUAUGUAACUUUCAUUGGGAUACUUUCUGCUUGUGCUCAUUUGGCUCUUGUGCAAGAAGGGUUCUACUAUUUUGAUCAACUAAUGAAGGAACUUAAUAUUGAGCCUGGAUUGGAACAUUACACGUGUAUGGUUUCUCUUUUGUGUAGGGAUGGCCAACUUUAUGAGGCUGAAAAUUUUAUGAAGACAAAAACACAAGUCAAGUGGGAUGUUGUUGCUUGGCGUACUUUGCUUAACGCAUGCCAUGUUCAUCGAAACUAUAGUUUAGGGAAGUUAAUUGCAGAAACUGUGAUACUGAUGGACCCUCAUGAUGUAGGAACAUAUACAUUACUAUCAAACAUGUAUGCCAAGGCAAGGAAAUGGGAUGGAGUAGUGAAUAUUAGAAAAUUGAUGAGGGAAAGGAAUAUUAAGAAGGAACCCGGUGCGAGUUGGCUAGGUAUAAGAAAUGAUACUCAUGUCUUUGUUUCAGAAGGAAGCAAUCAUCCAGAAUCUACUCAGAUCUAUGAGAAAAUUCAAGAGUUGUUGGCAAUGAUUAAGCCAUUGGGGUAUGUGCCUGAUGUUGGUGCUGUGCUGCAUGAUGUGGAAGAGGAACAAAAGGAAGGUUAUCUUAGCUAUCACAGUGAGAAGCUAGCAUUAGCAUAUGGCCUCAUGAAAAUACCUCCACCAGGGCCAAUCCGAAUAAUAAAAAACCUUAGGAUGUGUGAUGAUUGUCACAUUGCUGUAAAAUUGAUCUCUAAGGUCACAAAUAGGUUGAUAGUUGUAAGAGAUGCUAACCGUUUUCAUCAUUUUAGAGAUGGAUUAUGCACAUGCAAUGAUCACUGGUAGCAAUGUGAGGAAAUUUUAAUUAAUUUUUGUUUGAAAUCAACAUGGUGUUUUGUGGACACAAAAAUAACUUUGGAUCACAUAUGAAUGCAUUAUUAUUUUAGUCUGAGCAUGUCAAUCAAACAUGGACAUGUAUUUCCAACAAAAUAGUCACUUUGGUGUUUUGAAGGUAUCUGUAUAUCUUGAAAUCAACUCAAAUCAACUCUAUUCUAAGGUGUCCCAGUACAAAUUUGAUGGCAUAUUGGCAUAUCUAAAAGAACUUGACCAAUACCAAGUAUUUCUCACAUGAAUUUCUUGAUUUGAUUAACUUCAUAAGAUACAAAGUUUUUAUUUCUGCCUAAAAGAGAAAAUACUUCUUAAAUUCAGAUUCCAGGUCAGUUUGCUUGUGCUUAUUUCUUUUAGUCUUUUUUUUCUAAAUAAACAAAUUGAUGGUUUUUUUAACAUGUUUUUCCUAAUCGGUUUAUUUUAAAAAUAAGUAGUUUUCAACUUAUUUUAAUGAGCGAAUGGUAUGUACUUCUUAAAUAUGUGAUUUUAAAAACAAAUCUUAUUUCAAAAACACUUAUUUUAAAUUUAAACAAACUGGCAUAUGAUGAAGUCAAGAUGUAUAAAUGUGAUCAUCUACUAUUAUUAUUUUCCUCCAAAUUUUAUUGUCAAAAUAUGAGUUUUUUUCUCCGGCUGAAACAAAAAAUAGAGGAAAUACUCAAUUGUUUCCAAGAUGAGUGCUCUGACAUCUACUUAUUAAAAUUUUCACAUAAGUGAAUCAUUGAGAAAUUUAUCUGCUUAGAUGUAAGUCCUUUAUCUGUAUUUGAUAUUUGAUAUGCAGACACAAACUUUUCUUUGUAUUUGAUACAAAAGGAUUUACUGCAAGCAAAUGAAUUUUUCAAGGACCCAUUUACUUGAAAUUUUUUAAUCUGGAACAUUCCAGUCAGUGCACAAACUUUGCUUUAUAUUUGAUUCAAAAGGACUUAUAUGUGUCAGGCUUUUUGUCUUGCAUGGAGUUAAUUAUUAAUUACCCAAGUGCUUUUGGAUGUGACCCCAUAAAAGAGAGUUUGUCAAGAAGUUAUUGAGGCCAAAAGAUUAGUAUCAAAGCUAGGAUUGGAAGCUAAUAGAGUUGAUUGUUGUGUAGAUGGUUAUAUGUUUUUUUAUGUCAAUGACUUUGGAAAACAAGAUGGAAAGUUAGUUAAAUCAAAUUUGUCACAGGCCAAGGUAUCGUGACUGCCGCACUGGAACAAGUAACAAAAGACGAGUUCCAGUUUGGGCAAUUUUCUAUUUGCCUAUAAUCCUAAGGUGGCAAAGAAUGUCUAAGAAGAAUUUCAUGAGUGUUAUGCCAUCCAUAUGAUGGCAUAGCUUGGAAGCACUUUGAUCUAGUACAUCUAGAUUUUCCUAUUGAUCCACGAAUGUAAGACUUGGUUUAUGAUUUGAUGGGUUUAAUUUAUAUAUCAAGGCAUCGUUUUCACUUUAUUUUUGUUGGCCUGUUAUUGUUACCAUAUACAAUCAUCAACAUGAAUGUGGAUGUCAAAAGGUAGUUAUUUUUGUGUUGCCUUAUACCAAGCCCAUCUAAUUCAAAGGCCACUAUUGAUGCUUAUUUAGAGCCUUUUUAUUAACUAUCUAAAGAAGUCAUGGGAUGGAGUUUUGACAUAUGAUAUUUCAAGGAAGCAAAUUUUUUAUGAUGAAAGCAUCUUUGAUGUGGUUCGGGUCAUGGUAGGUUUGCCUUUGUGCAUUGCAUAAGAACUCCUUCACUCACAUUACAUUAUGGCAGGCAAAGCUGUGGGUUUGAUCCAUUUCAGAAGAACAAAAUGGCCUUCAUAAAGGGAGAAACCUAAGCUAACCACUUGCACUACUUUGGCAUAGAUUUGAGAAUUUUCCAUAAAGUCACAACUUUGGCAUAUUAAUUUAACCAAUUAUUAAUGAUAAUUAAAUGCUUAUAAAAAAAUGAAACUUAAUUAAUUAGAAGGGUUUCCUAAUAAUUCAUCCAAAAUAAUUUUUCAAAGAUGAACAAUAAUUUAGUUUUAAAAACAUACGAUUAGUAUAGUAGUUGAACCACAAUGUUCUUUGUACCAAAAAAAACAUAACAAAAAAAUUAUUUGCAAAGCAAAUCCUAAGCAUAUGGAACUCCACGUUUCUAAGCAUUUUCUCAGUCCAAUGAAUUGGAUACCUUGAUCUUUUCCUCAUCAGUCUUAGGGUUUCACUUCUAUUCCCAUUCUCAUCGCAAUCGAGUCUAAAUUUGAUUCAAGCUUCUAUCUUUCAAUUCUCUGCAUUGCGUUAUUGGCAUGACAUAUAAUUUCAACUGGUUUUCCUUUGAUCUUUGUGGUAGAAACAGUGUAACCGGUUUGAAACUUUGGUUUUUCUAAUAUUUAAGAUUUGUUGUUGCUAUUUUAUUGUGAUUUUUGCUAAUUGGAAAUGGAUUUGUGAUUUAGGUUUUCAAUUGUCAUAUAGUUUCUAGCUUGGAUAAUUCUCAUGGUUAGUUACUGUAUUGCUUUCUGGGCUGUCAAUAUGAUCUUGGUAAUUUUAGUCUUUUUUUUUUUUCUGUACGUAAUCUUUUGUGGUUGCACCAUCCGCUGAGUCAAACUUGUGCCAGUUUUUUCCUCGAGUGCAUGGGUAUUCUUGUGAUUCAGUUGACUUGUUGGAUUAUGAUUUAGUGGAGAUGACUGAAUUCUGAAGAUUGAUUUUGAUGCUUUCAUAUCAUAUAUCUGUCUAAUAUGUUCGAUUA